AUGUCUGACGAAAACUUCAAUUUUUCAAAACAGGAGCAGGAGACACUGAAGUACUGGAAGAAGAACAGGUGCUUUGAGAAGUCAAAUGAGCUGAGCAAGGAGAGAAAGAGGUACGUGUUUUAUGAUGGCCCACCAUUUGCAACAGGAUUGCCACAUUAUGGUCAUAUUCUAAGUGGAACAAUCAAGGACACCGUGGGACGAUUCUACUACCAGAAAGGACACCACGUGGAGAGAAGAUUCGGAUGGGACUGUCAUGGGCUGCCUGUGGAAUACGAAAUCGACAAAAUGCUGAAGAUCACAACCAGGGAUCAGGUGCAUGAAAUGGGAAUUAAGGCGUAUAAUGAUCAUUGUAGGAGUAUUGUACAGAAAUACACCAGUGAGUGGGAAGAGGUCGUGGAUCGAAUGGGUCGUUGGGUUAAUUUCCAAGGUGGCUACAAGACAAUGGAUAUGAAAUUCAUGGAAUCAGUUUGGUUCAUUUUCAAGAGCAUUUUUGAUAGGAACAAAAUAUACAGGGGAUUCAAAAUAAUGCCAUUUAGCAUAGCAUGCAAGACACCGCUAUCAAACUUCGAAGCAUCGCAGAACUACAAGGAUGUGAGUGAUCCAAGCAUUCUGGUGCGAUUCCCAGUGCUACACAAAGAAGACAGAGAUGCGAUUCUGAAGAAGUGCAAUCAGACUGUGCAUAAUGCAACCAUUUCAUUUGUAGCGUGGACUACAACUCCCUGGACACUUCCGGCCAGUCUUGGACUCUGUUUGAACUCCAAAUUCACCUAUGCGCUCUUCUAUUUGGAAGAAGACUACAGCAACAUUUACAUUAUUCACAGUAAUAGAAUUGGUGCCUACUUCAAGAAGUACAAAAUAAUUGCAGAAAUAUCUGGAGCAGAGAUCGUAGGAGUGGAAUACGAGCAACCAUUCACGUGCUACGAGAAAUACAGGGCAAAGGGCUGUUUCAGGACAAUUGAUGCUGCCUUUGUGAGUGAGGAAAAUGGAAGUGCAAUUGUGCAGUGUGCGCCUGCGUUUGGAGAGGACGACUAUGCCACAUUUCUAAGCAAGAAUAUUCUCCAGUCCGAUGAGGUUGUACCAUGCCACGUUGAUGAAAAUGGCAAUUUCACAAUUCCAUUGGAAAAAUACAUGAGAGUAGAAAUGAAGCUGGAAAAGACACUGAAGGAAUUCUAUUUCAAGGACGCUGAUAAAAUAAUAUUGUCCAUUCUGAAGGAGAGACUGUUGAUGAACAGUCGCAUUGUGCACUCGUAUCCAUUCUGCUGGAGGUCAGAUACGCCACUGAUGUACAAACUGGUUCCAAAUUGGUUCAUCCGAGUUAAGGAGACAAGAGAGGAGCUGUUGAAGCAGAAUGAGAAGAUAAAUUGGAUUCCAGAGGACAUAAAAUACAAGAGAUUCCACAAUUGGCUUGCAGCAGCAAAGGAUUGGGCUGUUUCAAGAAACAGAUUUUGGGGAACACCCCUACCAAUAUGGGCCAGGUUUGAAGGUGCUUGUUACGACUACAAUGAUUUGAUUUGUAUUGGAUCAGUGAAAGAAUUGGAAGAAUUGAGUGGAGUGAAAGUGGCUGAUUUGCACAGGGAGACUGUAGACGACAUUGUGAUAAAAAGGGAUGGAAAGAAAUACAGGAGAAUUGAAGAAGUGCUUGAUUGCUGGUUUGAGAGUGGAUCAAUGCCAUAUGCCCAGGACAAUUUGGAUGGAAUUGGAGAAUCAGGUGAAAAGUUGACGAAGACGAAUUUCCCAGCCAAUUUCAUUGGAGAAGGAUUGGAUCAGACCAGAGGAUGGUUCUACACCCUCCAUGUGAUAUCCACCAUUCUCUUUGAUUCUCCAGCAUUCAAGAAUGUGGUGGUAAAUGGAAUUGUAUUGGCAGAUGAUGGUAAGAAAAUGAGCAAGAGACUCAAGAACUAUCCAAGCACACAUGAGAUCUUCAAGAAAUACGGUGCAGAUGCAUUGCGACUGUAUCUGAUCAGCUCUCCAGUUGUGGCAGCAGAAAACUUACGAUUUAAUGAAUCAGGUGUAAGGGAAAUGCUCAAGACUGUCCUGAUACCGUGGCACAAUAUCAUAUUGUUCUACAAUGAGACAAAGAAGAGUGUUACUGCAACCAAUACAUUGCUAGAUAGUUGGAUUGAAUCUGAAUUGAAUUCGUUCAUCUCUGAGAUUGAUGCGCAUAUGGCGUCAUACAAACUCAAUGGCGUAUUGGAUUCGAUAUUGAAGUUCAUUGACAACCUGAGCAAUUGGUACAUCAGAAUCAACAGAAAGGAACUCAAGAGUGGUGGGAAAUACCUAGCUGAAAUCAUCAAAAGAUUCUCAAUCACAAUGGCGUCAUUUACGCCAUUCUUUGCUGAAUACAGUUACCAGAGCAUUUCAGACGAUUCCAAGAUGGAAAGUGUCCAUUUUGAAAUGAUUCCGCCUGCAAAAUGCUUCGAAACUGAUUUUGGAUUUGCAAAGGAGAUCAUUGAGGGCAUCAGGCACCUACGUGAAAAGCAUUCGUUGAAACUCAGGCGCGUUUUGAAGAGGAUAAAAGUGGCCGUGAAUAAGUCAGAACUUGAUACAGUGACCAAAUUGGUAGCCAAGUACGAGGGAGUCAUCAAGAACGAGUGUAAUGUGCUUGAUGUUGUUGUAGAAGAGUUGGAAGCCAAUCAGGUUGAACACAGAAUCAAGCCAAAUUAUCGGAUACUCAGCCAGGAUAAGUCAAAGAUGAAACAGAAAAUUGAUAUCAUCACCAAAUUGAACAAACAGGAAUUGAAGACUAUCCAAGACAACCAGCAUCCACUGGUCAAAUCAAAUGAGAUUAUGGUUGAGACUGAAUUUGUUGGCGUGGAUCAUUCAUGUGUCUGUCAAAUCAAUUCAAAUAGCGUGGGAUUGGUAUUGGAUGUGACUGAAAACGACCUGAUCAGAGAAAUGUCAUUUGCUCGUGAUUUCUACUCAUUUGUGCAGAAGAUGAGAAAGAAUCUCAAGCUCAAAGUCUCUGAUAAAAUUGUGGUUGAAAUUGAAAACAAGGCAGUGCGUGAUAAAUUCGAGAGAGUCAUUGGAGAUCACUACAAGAACGAGAUUGAUUUCAGGAAGAAUGAAAGUUGUGUGAAUCAGGUUGGUGAAACUGAUUACAAAUACGACGAUAUUGAGACAGGACUGAAGCUAUUCAGGAAGGAGUAA